AGUAUGUCCUCACCUUUUUUUUUGAGUUUGGUUACUUUAUUGACUUUUGCUGAAUUAGAUGGUGAAGCUGGAGGACUUGAACUGCAGCGACAAAAAAGAAACACUGAUCUCCAACAGCCUCGGAUGGCUACAGAGAGGGGAAAUUUAGUGUUUAUUUCAGGAUCUACUAAAAACAUUGAAUUUAGAACUGGAUCUCUGGGAAAAAUUAAAUUAAAUGAUGAAGACCUCAGUGAAUGUUUACAUCAGAUCCAGACAAAUAAAGAUGAUAUUACAGAGUUAAGAAGAAGUGCAAAUGCUCUGCCUCAAAAUAUAACUAGUCAGAUCCACCAGCUUAAUUCCAGGCUUGUGGAUCUAGAGAGAAAAUUUCAAAACUUGCAGCAGACAGUUGACAAAAAAGCUUGUAGCAGCAAUCCCUGUCAAAAUGGAGGAACCUGCCUCAAUCUUCAUGACUCCUUUUUCUGUAUCUGCCCCUCGCAGUGGAAGGGUCCUCUCUGCUCAGUUGAUGUUAAUGAAUGUGAGAUUUACUCAGGAACACCCUUGAGCUGCCAGAAUGGAGCAACGUGUAUAAACACAAUGGGGAGUUACAGCUGUCAUUGCUUACCUGAGACAUAUGGACCCCAGUGUGCAUCCAAAUACAAUGACUGCGAAGGGGGCUCUAAGAAACGCUGUGUCCAUGGCAUCUGUGAGGAUUUAGUCCGAGAGCAAGCUGGACAGCCCAAGUACAGCUGCAUCUGCGAUGCCGGGUGGACGUCCCCACCUAACAGCUCUGCCUGCACCCUGGACCAGGAUGAGUGCAGCCUCUUUCCUACAUCUUGUUCACCACUUGUGCAGUGCUUCAACACCCCAGGCUCUUUCUAUUGUGGAUCCUGUCCAACAGGCUGGAAAGGAAAUGGAUACAUUUGCCAAGAUAUCGAUGAAUGUGAAAUAAAUAAUGGUGGUUGUUCUGUGGUUCCACCUGUUCAGUGUGAGAAUACGCUUGGGUCUUACCACUGUCAGGCCUGCCCACCAGGGUACCAGGGUGACGGAAGAGUGUGCACACUCACAGACAUCUGCUCAGUCAACAAUGGGGGCUGCCACCCGGACGCAUCCUGCUCCUCGGCCCAUGGUUCUUUACCUCUGUGCACCUGUCUCCCGGGAUUUACUGGAAAUGGUUAUGGGCCAAAUGGAUGUGUGCAACUCAGUAAUAUUUGCCUGAGUCAUCCCUGUUUAAAUGGACAAUGUAUCGACACAGUCUCUGGUUAUUUUUGUAAGUGUGAAUCAGGCUGGGCUGGUGUCAACUGCACAGAAAACAUCAAUGAGUGCUUAAGCAACCCUUGUUUGAAUGGGGGAUCUUGUGUUGAUAGUAUUAAUGCUUUCAGUUGCGAAUGCACAAGUUCCUGGACUGGAUCUCUCUGUCAGAUUCCCCAGCAAGUGUGUGGGGGAUCCCUCUCAGGGAUGACUGGAAGCUUCAGCUACAGGAGUCCCGAUGUUGGUUUUGUUCAUGAUGUCAGUUGCUUCUGGGUUAUCAAAACUGAAGAGGGAAAGGUCUUGCGUAUCACUUUCAGUUUUUUCCAGUUAGAAUCAGUAAACAACUGUCCGCAUGAGUUUCUUCAGAUUCAUGAUGGUGACUCCUCUGCAGCUUAUCAACUCGGAAGGUUCUGUGGUUCUAGCACCCCACCUGAACUCCUCAGCAGUGACAAUGCUCUCUAUUUUCAUCUCUAUUCUGAACAUUUAAGAAAGGAGAGAGGCUUUACUAUAAGAUGGGAAACACAACAACCAGAGUGUGGAGGUAAACUGACUGGUACUUAUGGUUCUAUCAAGUCUCCGGGGUAUCCUGGAAACUACCCCCCGGGAAGAGAUUGUGUGUGGAGCAUCAUAACCACUCCUGGCCUCCUGAUAACGUUUACUUUUGGGACCCUGAGCCUGGAGCAUCAUGAUGACUGCAGUAAAGAUUAUCUUGAGAUUCGAGAUGGUCCCUUGCGUCAGGAUCCUGUCAUUGGGAAAUUCUGCACCACUCUCUCUAUUCCACCACUCCAAACCACAGGUCCCUUUGCCAGAGUUCAUUUUCAUUCUGACACCCACAUUAGUGACCAAGGCUUUCAUAUCACCUACUUAACAUCACCAUCGGAUCUGCAUUGUGGAGGGAACUACACAGACCCUGAGGGAGAACUCCUUACUGACUUGGCUGGGCCUUUCAUUAAUGAUAGGCAAUGUAUCUAUAUUAUACAGCAACCUCAAGAAGAACAAGUAGAAAUCAUCUUUACCCACGUGGAGCUGGAAAGCCAGAGAGGCUGUUCACACAGUUACAUUGAGGUUCAAGAAAAUCAAACCUUACUUGGAAAAGUCUGUGGCAACGAGACCCUCUCUCACAUUAAAUCCAUUACUAAUAACAUCUGGAUCAGGCUUAAAAUAGAUGCCUCUGUUGAAAAAGCUAGUUUCAGAGCUGUUUAUCAAGUUGCUUGUGGGGGUAAAUUAACUGGAGAAGGGGUCAUACGCUCGCCUUUUUAUCCUAAUGUGUAUCCUCGAGAAAGAAUGUGCACGUGGUUCAUCUUCCAGCCCCUAAGCCAGGUAGUUCUUCUCAACUUCACUGACUUUGAAAUGGGAAGUUCUACCCACUGUGAUACAGAUUAUAUUGAGAUUGGUAGCAGUUCCAUUUUGGGUUCUCCUGAAAAUAAAAAGUACUGUGGCACAGAUAUUCCUUCAUUUAUAACAUCUGUGUACAAUUUUCUUUAUGUCACAUUCGUGAAAAGUUCUUCAGCUGAAAAUCAUGGUUUCAUGGCUAAGUACAGUACUGAGGAUUUGGCAUGUGGAAGAAUUCUUACAGAAUCAACAGGAAUCAUUCAAAGUCCUGGCCAUCCAAAUGUCUACCCCCAUGGUGUCAACUGUACCUGGCAUAUAUUAGUCCAACCUGGCCACCUGAUUCAUUUGGUAUUUGAAGUAUUUCAUCUAGAAUUUCAUUACAACUGCACAAAUGACUACCUUGAAGUUUAUGACAUCAACUCUAAGACAUCUCUUGGAAGAUACUGUGGAAAAUCGAUCCCACCUUCUCUUACCAGCUGUGCCAACUCGUUAAUGCUGAAAUUUGUGGCUGACUCUGAUCUUGCUCAUGAAGGCUUUUUAAUAAGCUAUGAAGCAAUUAAUGCAUCAAAAGCAUGCUUGGAAGACUAUACAGAUGAAUAUGGGACAUUUACAUCCCCAGGUUUCCCCAGAAAUUAUCCCAACAACUACGAGUGCAUUUAUAGGAUCACAGUGGAAACCACCCAACAGAUUGCAUUGCACUUCACAGACUUCUCCUUAGAGGAAGCCAUUAGUGAAAAGUGUAUAGCAGAUUUUGUGGAAAUCAAAGAUGGAGGCUAUGAAACUUCACCAUCCUUGGGAAUAUAUUGUGGCUCAAAUAGGCCUCCCAGAAUCAUCUCUCAUAGUAACAAACUAUGGAUAAAAUUUAAGAGUGACUUAAUUAUCUCAAGUUCUGGAUUCUCUGCUUAUUGGGAUGGAUCAACAACAGGUUGUGGAGGCAAUCUGACCACUCCCAAAGGCACGUUCACAUCUCCCAACUACCCAAUGCCCUACUACCAUAGCUCUGAGUGCUACUGGUUGUUGAAAUCCAGCCACGGCAGCCCAUUUGAACUGAAAUUCGAAGAGUUCCACUUGGAGCAUCACCCAAACUGCACUUUGGAUUAUCUGGCUGUAUAUGAUGGCCCAAGUACCAGCUCUCAUCUGCUAGCUCAGCUUUGUGGGGAUGAGAAGCCAUCUCUCAUCCGGUCCAGUGGAGAUAGCAUAUUUUUAAAACUGAGGACAGAUGAAGGUCAGCAAGGAGGUGGCUUUCUCCUGGAAUACCAGCAGACAUGUGAGAAUGUGGUAAUAGUUAAUAAAACAUAUGGAAUCUUGGAGAGUAUAAAUUAUCCACAUCCUUAUUCUGCCAAUCAGCGUUGCAACUGGACCAUUCAAGCAACUACUGGCAACACUGUGAACUACACAUUUCUAGCAUUUGAAUUGGAACAUCACACGAAUUGCUCCACUGAUUAUUUAGAGCUCUAUGAUGGAGCACAGCGGAUUGGGCGCUACUGUGGAGAAAAUACACCUCCUCCAGGGAGCACCACGAGUUCCAGGCUUCAAGUGCUAUUUCAUACCGAUGGGGUUGGCUACCACGAGAAAGGAUUUCAGAUGCAAUGGUUCAUUCAUGGUUGUGGCGGGGAGUUGUCAGGGGCCACAGGCUCCUUCAGCAGCCCCAGCUAUCCUAACAAGUACCCCCCCAACAAGGAAUGUAUCUGGUACAUUCGCACUGCCCCUGGGACCAGCAUUCAACUCACCAUCCACGACUUUGAUGUUGAGUAUCAUGCAACCUGCAACUUUGACGUCCUGGAGGUCUAUGGAGGCCCUGAUUUCCACUCUCCCAGGAUAACCCAGUUGUGUGCUCAAAGAUCAUCUGAAAGCCCCAUGCAGGUCUCUAGCACUGGGAAUGAGCUAGCAAUCCGAUUUAAGACUGACAGCUCUGUAAAUGGAAGAGGCUUCAAUGCUUCCUGGCAAGCAGUCCCUGGAGGUUGUGGUGGGAUUUUCCAGGCUCCAAAUGGAGAGAUUCAUUCUCCAAAUUAUCCCAGACCUUAUAGGAGUAACACUGACUGUUCUUGGGUCAUUCAAGUUGAAAAAAAUUAUCGUGUUCUUUUGAACUUCACGGACUUUGACCUUGAGCCUCAGGACUCUUGUCUAAUGGCAUUUGAUGGCUUAACCUCUGCAACCACCCGCCUUGCCACUGUGUGUGGAAGACAGCAGCUAACUAACCCCAUCACCUCUUCAGGAAACAGCCUCUUUGUGAGAUUUCAGUCUGGCCCUUCGAGACAGAGCAGGGGUUUCCGAGCUCAAUUCAAACAAGCCUGUGGAGGCCACAUCCUCACCAGCUCUUUUGAUACCAUUUCCUCUCCAUUGUUCCCGGCCAAGUAUCAAAACAAGCAGAACUGCAGCUGGAUAAUUCAAGCUCAACCUCCAUUCAAUCAUAUCACCCUCUCCUUUACCUACUUUGCACUGGAAAGCAGCAUAGCGUGUACGCGUGACUUUUUGGAAAUUUUAGAUGGCAGCGACGACGACGCGCCCCUCCGAGGACGUUACUGUGGUACCUCUAUGCCCCAUCCCAUCGUCUCCUUCAGCAAUGCCCUGACGCUGAGGUUUGUCUCUGAUUCUACAAUGACCCUUGAAGGUUUCCACGCAGUGUAUGCUGCGUCAUUAUCAGCUUGUGGUGGAACCUUCCAUAUGGGUGAAGGCAUCUUCAACAGCCCUGGCUAUCCAGAAGUUUAUCCCCCUAAUGUGGAAUGUGUCUGGAACAUUAUCAGUUCCCCUGGCAACCGACUCCAGCUGUCUUUUAUAUCUUUCCAGCUGGAGGACUCUCAGGACUGUAGCAAAGAUUUUGUGGAGAUUCGGGAAGGAAAUGCCACAGGCCACUUGGUGGGCCGAUACUGUGGAAACUUCCUCCCUCUCAACUACUCAUCCAUUGUUGGACAUAUCCUGUGGAUCAAAUUUGUCUCAGAUGGCUCUGGCAGUGGCACAGGCUUCCAAGCCUCAUUUACUAAGAUGUUUGGCAAUGAUAAUAUUGUGGGAACUCAUGGGAAAAUUGCCUCUCCCUUCUGGCCUAGAAAGUAUCCCCAUAACUCCAAUUACCAGUGGAUAGUAAAUGUGAAUGUAUCUCAAGUUAUUCAUGGUAGCAUCUUGGAGAUGGACAUUGAAAACACACAUAACUGCUAUUAUGACAAACUAAGGAUUUAUGAUGGACUUGGCACUCAUUCCCGCCUAAUUGGAACUUACUGUGGUACCCAGACAGAGUCUUUUACCUCCACUAGAAAUUCUUUGACAUUUCAGUUUGCUUCUGACUCUUCAGUCUCAGGGAAGGGAUUCCUCCUGGAAUGGUUUGCAACGGACUCAAAAGCUGGACCUUUACCUACCAUUGCUGCAGGUGCUUGUGGUGGGUUCCUAAGGACAGGAGACAGGCCAGUCUUUCUAUUCUCCCCAGGCUGGCCCGGAAGCUACAAUAAUGGGGCUGACUGCAUGUGGCUUAUCCAGUCUCCUGAUUCUACCGUGGAACUCAACAUCCUCUCCCUGGACAUUGAGUCCCACCGCACGUGUGACUACGAUAAACUUGUGAUCAGAGAUGGAGACAAUAACAGGGCCGAGACACUCGCCGUUCUCUGUGGCAGAGAGAUCCCUGGGCCCAUCCGUUCCACUGGGGAGUACAUGUUCAUCCACUUCACCUCUGACUUAAGUGUGACCAGGGCAGGAUUCAACGCAUCUUUUCACAAAAGCUGUGGUGGUUAUCUGCAUGCAGACAGAGGGAUUAUCACAUCCCCCAAGUAUCCAGAACCCUACACACCCAACCUCAACUGCUCUUGGCACGUCCUGGUUCAGAGUGGUCUGACCAUCGCUGUCCACUUCGAACAGCCUUUCCAGAUUCCAAAUGGAGAUUCUUCUUGCAACCAGGGGGAUUACUUGGUGCUAAGAAAUGGACCCGAUAUCCAUUCUCCACCCUUGGGACCUCUCAGAGGGAAUGGUCAUUUCUGUGGCAGCCGUCCUUCUUCAACUCUGUUCACCACAGAUAAUCAAAUGUUUGUUCAGUUCAUUUCUGAUAAUAGUAAUGAAGGACAAGGAUUUAAGAUAAGAUAUGAGGCAAAGAGUUUAGCCUGUGGAGGCAGGAUCUACAUCCACGAUGCUGACUCUGCUGGAUACGUGACCUCCCCCAGUCACCCUGACAAUUAUCCCCAGCAUGCUGAUUGCAUUUGGAUCAUAGCAGCUCCUCCGGGAAAGCUCGUAAGGCUGCAGUUUGAAGAUCAAUUCAGUAUCGAAGUAACACCCAAUUGUACUUCCAAUUACCUGGAGUUGCGGGAUGGAGGUGAUUCAAAUGCACCAAUACUCUCCAGACUCUGUGGGGUGUCUGUGCCCAGCAGUCAGGUGUCCUCGGGAGAGGUCAUGUAUUUGAGAUUCCGGUCUGACAACAGCCCCACUCACGUGGGAUUCAAGGCCAAAUACUUCAUAGCCCAGUGUGGAGGAACAGUAACAGGGCAAAGUGGUGUCAUUGAAAGCCUUGGAUAUCCAACACUUCCAUAUUCAGACAAUUUAUCCUGUGAGUGGCAUCUCCAGGGUCUCUUGGGGCACUACCUCACCAUCCAUUUUGAAGAUUUCAACCUUCAGAAUUCCUCUGGCUGUGAAAAAGAUUUUGUGGAGAUCUGGGAAAACCACACCUCUGGAAACCUCUUGGGCAGAUACUGUGGGAACACCAUUCCAGACAGCAUAGACACUUCUAGCAAUGUUGCCUUGGUCAGAUUUGUCACAGAUGCCUCUCUUACUGCCUCAGGAUUUAGACUGCGGUUUGAAUCUAGUACAGGAGAAUGUGGUGGAGACCUGCAGGGUCCUACUGGAACAUUUUCCUCUCCCAACUAUCCAAACCCAAAUCCUCAUGGCCGGCUCUGUGAGUGGAGGAUCACUGUGCAGGAAGGAAGGCAGAUCACCCUAACGUUUAACAACCUGAGGUUGGAAACUCGUCCGUCUUGCGACAAUGAACAUGUGGCAGUAUUCAAUGGCCUUAGAAGUAACUCACCCCAGCUGGAAAAACUGUGUAGUAGUGAGAAUGUAAAUGAUGAGAUAGCAUCUUCUGGGAACACAAUGAGAGUUGUUUUUUUCACUGAUGGAUCCAGGCCAUAUGGAGGCUUUCUUGCUUCCUACACAUCCAGCGAAGAUGCAGAGUGUGGUGGGUUUCUUCCAAAUGACUCUGAAGGAAACUUUACUUCUCCUGGUUUUGAUGGAGUCAGUAAUUACUCACAAAACCUAAACUGUGAAUGGACUCUCAGCAACCCAAAGGAAGGAAAUUCAUCCAUUUACAUUCACUUUGAGGAUUUUUACCUAGAAAGUCACCAAGACUGUCAAUUUGAUGUCCUUGAGUUUCGAGUCGGUGAUGCCGAUGGGCCCCUAAUAGGGAGAUUUUGUGGCCCUUCAAAACCUACAGUGCCGUUGGUUAUUCCUUAUUCUCAGGUAUGGAUACAUUUUGUUACCAAUGAACGUGUAGAACAUUUGGGAUUCCGUGCAGAGUAUUUCUUCACAGAUUGUGGUGGAAUACAAGUAGGUGAGAGUGGAGUGAUCACAAGCCCCAACUACCCAGCCUCUUACGACAGCCUGACCCACUGUUCUUGGUUGUUGGAAGCCCCUGAAGGGCACACCAUCACUCUUACAUUUACUGACUUUGAUAUCGAAAGCCAUUCAGCUUGUGCUUGGGAUUCCGUCACUAUCAGGAAUGGUGGCUCCCCUGGAUCACCCAUAAUAGGACAAUACUGUGGGAAUUCAAACCCCAGGACAAUCCAGUCUGGUUCCAACCAGCUGGUAGUGAUUUUUAACUCAGACCAGUCAAUACAAAAUGGUGGAUUUUACGCUACAUGGAGCACACAAACUUUAGGUUGUGGUGGAAUAUUUCAUUCAGAAAACGGCACAAUCAGAUCUCCUCACUGGCCUCAGAAUUUUCCUGAAAACAGCAGGUGUUCCUGGACAGUCAUCACUCACGAAAGUAAACACUUGGAGAUCCGCUUUGACAGCGACUUCCGAAUCCCCAGUGGUGAAGGACAGUGUCAGAACAGCUUUGUGAAGGUCUGGGCAGGAACAGAAGAGGUCAACAAAGCCCUCUUAGCCACAGGCUGCGGGAACACCGCCCCUGGAUCCAUCGUCACUCCAAGAAACGCAUUCACUGCUGUCUUCCAGUCUCAAGAGACGCCAGCCCAGGGCUUCUCUGCGUCCUUUGUCAGCCGGUGUGGAAGUCGUUUCACUAAACCUUCAGGUUACAUCAUUUCUCCAAACUACCCAAGGAAAUAUGACAACAACAUGAACUGCACCUACAUCAUAGAGACUGAUCCUCUGUCCUUGGUCUUCUUGACUUUUGUGUCUUUCCAUUUGGAAGCUCGUUCAGCCAUAACCGGAAGUUGUGACAGUGAUGGGGUGCACAUUAUCAAGGGCAGCAACUUAUCUUCCACACCCCUUGCCACCGUGUGUGGUGACGAGACCCUGAGCCCUCUCUCCGUCACUGGUCCCAUGCUCCUUAACUUCUACUCUAACGCGCACGUCACAGACUUCGGAUUCAAGUUUUCCUAUCGGAUAACCUCCUGCGGGGGUGUGUUCAACUUCUCCAGUGGCCUCAUCAACAGCCCUGCCUACUCGUAUGCAGGCUACCCCAACGACGUACACUGUCUGUACUCCAUCAUUGUGAAAGACGACAGAGUGAUUCUACUCAAAUUUAGUGAUUUUGAUGUGGCUCCAUCCCCCUUCUGCUCCCACGACUACCUGGCAAUUUAUGAUGGUUCUAACACCAGCGAUCCCCUUCUUGGAAAAUUCUGUGGUUCCAAGCUUCCACAAAACAUUAAGAGCAGCAACAACAGUGUGCUUCUGGUGUUCAAGACAGAUUCGUCUCAAACUGCGAGAGGCUGGAAAGUAACUUUUCGGCAGACAUUGGGGCCUCAGCACGGAUGUGGCGGUUAUCUGACAGGCUCCAAUCGUACCUUUGUCUCCCCUGAUUCUGACUCAAAUGGAAGAUAUGACAAGAGUUUAAACUGCAUCUGGUACAUAACUGCACCUGUAAACAAGCUAGUGAAGCUCACCUUCAAUACCUUCGCUCUGGAGUCAGCAACUUCUUUGGGAAGAUGCAUUUAUGAUUAUGUGAAGAUAUUUGACGGGGAUAAUGCGAAUGGCCGCUUGGCUGGAACAUUCUGUGGCUCCACUGUUCCUGCUCCUUUCACCUCCUCUGGCAACUUCCUCACAGUGCAGUUUGUCAGUGACGUAACUGUAGAAAGGGAAGGAUUUAAUGCUACAUAUACCAUCAUGGACAUGCCUUGUGGAGGAACGUACAAUGCAACUUGGACCAGACAAAAUAUUUCAACACCCAAUUCAUCAGACCCAGAUGUCUCAUUUUCUAUCUGUACUUGGGUCCUCGAAGCCCCUCCACAUCAGCAGGUCAAGAUAACUGUGUGGGCUUUGCAGCUGCACGUGCAAGACUGUGCACAGAAUUACUUGGAGUUUCGGGACUCACCAGAGAGUAAUGGAAAUCCAGUUCUGUUCUGUGGCAGAAAUGCUUCAGCCAUACCAGUGUUUUAUUCUUCUACUAGGACUGCUAUUGUCAUUUUCAAAUCCGUUGUCAACAGAAACUCUACAAUGGGUUUUACCUAUCAGAUUGCAGACUGCAACAGAGAAUACAACAAGUCCUUUGGCACUCUGAAGAGUCCCGGAUGGCCAGACAACUACAGCAACAACAUGGACUGCACCAUCGUUCUCACGGCCCCACAGAACCACACCAUCUCCCUCUUUUUUCAUUCAUUCGGCAUCGAGGACUCCAGUGACUGCAGACACGAUUUCCUAGAGGUAAGAGACGGAAGGAACGGCAGCUCGCCAUUACUGGGCACGUACUGCGGCACUCUGCUGCCCAACCCCGUCUUCUCUCAAAGUCAUGAACUGUACCUGCGAUUUAAGAGUGACCAUGCCAUUUCCAGUCACGGAUACGAAAUCCUCUGGACCUCAUCGCCCUCUGGCUGUGGUGGAACUCUUUAUGGGGACAGAGGCUCGCUGGCCAGCCCUGGCUAUCCAGGCACCUACCCAAACAACACGCACUGCGAAUGGGCCCUCAUCGCGCCUGUGGGAAGGCUGCUCACCAUCAGCUUUUACUUCAUCAGCAUCGACGACCCAGGCGACUGUGUCCAGAACUAUCUCAUCCUCUACGACGGACCCCACGCUAGCUCUCCGUCCUCCGGACCUUAUUGUGGGACAGACACCAGCAUCGCUCCCUUCAUGGCAUCCUCAAAUCAGGUCCUGGUAAGAUUUCAUGCUGACUACGCGGCGCUUCCCUCUGCAUUCCGGCUAACCUGGGACAGCUCCAUAGGCGGGGCUGGGGAUUCCCUCAGCACUUAGGCCCACUGCAGGGACCAGGCCCUCAUGCUGGACAGGAGUUUGCUGUCCUUAUACGUGACCCCUGCCCGUGCCACGUAGGACAACUCGGACUUCCGGGGUUUUCUCCACCGUGCACGUGAAACCAGCCUCUCUCUGCACACCCCUUCCAAAUGCAGUGUUUGGCUUCCUUAGACUCGGUCCUGCACACUGUCCUCACUUCUUCCUCGUGAGCUGAUAGUUAAAAAAACCUGUUAAAGAGUUGCAAAUGGUUAUGGCAUAUGUGAUGUAAAAUUUAAAAAGGUUGUCAUAAAAAGAAGUAUGAAUUUUUACUGUGACUAUCAAAUCAAGUGUAAUAAACAUUAUUGAGUGGUA